AUGGGGAUUACAUUUGAGAGGGGAGUGGUCACUGGCAUGAGCAUGCAGGUGUUUGUGGAUGCCGACUAUGCAAGCAAGGCAGCAGACCGUAGGUCGGUCUCAGGAGGACUAGUGAUGUGUGGGGGUGGGUGUGUAACUUGGUUUUCGAGGACGCAGAAGUGUGUCACGCUCUCCACAACGGAAGCAGAGUAUGUGGCAAUUGCCGACGUCUUGAAGGAAGUGCUUUUCUUGAGGCAGGUUUGGCGUUUUAUGUUGCCAGAUGCAGGUAUGCCGUGCAUUCCGGUCUUCGAGGAUAAUAAUCAGAGAAUUCAGAUUGCGCACAACCCGAUCACGAACUCAAACUCGAAGCACAUCGAUGUACGGCAUCACUUUAUCAGGGAACUGGUAGAGCGGAAGGAGAUUUCGAUUACGCAUGUGACGUCGGAGUUUCAGCAUGUAGAUUCCUUGACGAAGGCUAUCAGCAAGGAAUCUUUUGCGUUGCACAGAGACUUCGUGAUGAAUUUGCUGUGA